AUGAAUACCUAUAAAUCUAUAAGUUUGUAUUCAACAAACAUAGAAAUAUCAAAUUACUCAGCAAAUAGCUAAAAGGGCAGUUUUGAAUAUGUUCUAUUAUCCAAUUCAAUAGAAUAAAUAGAUGAAUAUUCAGUCAAUUUUGAAUAUGAUACAGAAAACAAUUUGAGUAGGCUAAAUAAUUUGAACAAUAAUGCAGCAGGAUAAAUGUUCAAGAGUCGCCCAUAUAUACAAAAAUCAUAAUUGAAUUGCUUGCGAAAAUAAAUGAAAAGAAAAGAUAAUCCACAAUUACUAAAUUCUAAAAUUUUGUAGAAGUCAUUUGGCCAGAUCAGCUAAUAAUAAGAAAUGCUUUCACUAAAUAAAAGCCCAUUAUUAUAAAGGUAAUUGAUAUAACCAGGAUAAGGCUAAUAAAAUAAUCAGGUAAAAUCUAAAAAACAGCACUAGAGCUAUGGUAUGGUUGGUAAUUAAAAAAUAAAUGAAAUGAAUAGCGAAUCUAUAUAAAGAAAUGAUUCUAAAAACUUUUCAAAUUUGCCUAAGAUAAAAAGCAGAAGAUAGGUGAAGUAGAAUUCUGACUCGUAAAUCUAAUAAUAAUUAAGACUACCAUAUAUUUAAAAUAAAAAUUCUUAACAAAAGAGCAUAAAUUAAUUUAAAAGAAAUUCUAAAAAUAAUAGUUCUACUUCUCUAGAGUAAGAAAUUAAUCCAACAUAUCUUGAAAGAAAAUAAAUGAAAUCAAAUAAAUUAACUGUAAAUAAUUUGAGAAGCGAUAAAAUAUUAAUAGAUAUUUUGCUUGCACUAAAAGAUUUAAAAGUUAGUAUUAAUAAAGGUUUCUAAAAUUUGUAAACAAGUUUACAUAAUGAUAUGGUAGAUUUGAAAAAAAGUAUUAAAGGAGAGCAAAAAAGUGUUGAAGAACUGAAAGAAAGUAUUGAAGAAGUGAAAAAAAGUAUUGAAGGAGUGAAAUAUGGUAUUCGUUAUAUUGCUGAUAGUUAAAACCAAUACCAUGAUUAAAAUAUGAAUAAACUUAAUAUUAUUCUUAGAUGCUUUAGAUAAUAAUAUCCAAAAAAUCAAUAUCCUUUACUGGGUGAAUACAUCGAAGAAGGAUUAUACGAAAGAUAUAAUAGACAUUUAAAUUAAUUUUGA